AUGAAAGAGUUGAAAAAUACUGUCAAUAUUAUAUCACAUGAUCAUAAUUCCGUUAAGUUGCGUAAUAUUAACAGUUUUCAAUCCGACGAUGAUGUUAUUGAUGAUGAUGCUAUUGCGAAAAGAUCGCAAGAUGAAAGAAGACGUUUUGUAUCUGACAAUGAAACAGAGAAGGAGGAUAAAUUUAUUGUUAAAUACAAAGGACGUAUUUACGAUAUUCGUGCAUUUUUAAAUAAUCAUCCGGGUGGUAGGAAGACACUUAGUUCGUACAAGGAAAAAAAUUUGGAUCGUGUUUUAAAAGAAUAUCCCCAUUCGGAUGCGGCCCUUCAUUUGUUCAAUGAAUAUGCAUUGGAUAAUAAAAUCAAGUAUGACGAGGUUGAAAGUUUGAUCGAUUGGAACACACCUUUAUUAAGUCAAGUGGGCGAUUUAAGUGAUCGAUAUUGGCAGUGGGUGAAUCUACCGGUAAAUCGACCAAUACGACUUUUUCGAUCAGAUAUAUUGGAAUUUUUAACAAUCACACCAUGGUACCUGAUACCGAUCGUUUGGAUUCCUAUUUGUGCAUAUUUUCUCUAUACUGGAUUUAGUCUAAGCAUUACUCGUCAAUUUCCAAUUUUUUCUUUAUUAGAAGGCCUCCUUGCCUUCGCGGGAGGUGUAUUAUUGUGGACAUUUGAGGAAUAUCUGUUACACCGUAAAUUGUUUCACUUCAGGCCGCCAGGGAAUUCGAAAAUACUUAUCACGUUACAUUUCCUUCUUCAUGGUUUGCAUCAUAAGGCACCUUUUGAUGGUCAAAGAUUAGUAUUUCCACCUGUAGCUGGUGUUAUCAUAGCAGUAGGCAUAUGGAAUCUGUACAUAUCGAUAUUUCCUGACUUUAUAGCCAACUUUAUUAGUGCUGGAACUGUUGCAGGAUACUUGUGUUACGAUUUAACGCACUAUUAUUUGCAUUAUGGUAAACCCAAUGCCAAAACAUAUUUUUAUGAUUUGAAAAGAUAUCACAAUUAUCAUCAUUUCUCGCAUCAUGAUAAAGGUUUCGGUAUUAGUAGUAAAAUUUGGGAUUACGUAUUUAACACAAGUAUACGUUUACAGCAGCUGGCAAAACCGAUAGAAUGGUAAUUUGUUGCUUAUGAGUGAUAAAUGCAAUAUAAAAGUUCAUAUUUAGCACGUAGCUCGCCUUCAGCUUGACUAUUGUUGUUACCGAUGAAAAGUUUUACUUAAGUACUUCAAGCCAUAUUGCUUAAUAGAUAAAGUGAUGUUUAAAAACGAGUAUACGAUCCUCUGAGCGAAAUACCAUGUCAUUAAUCAGUAUUAUACGCGAUGCAUUCUAUAACAUAACUUAGGAAGACCGUAUUAAAAUGCAUGUUGUAUAAAGAUAAAUUAGUUAAGUACUUUGAUAUUCUUAAUCUAAAUCAAGAGUACUCGAUUAGACCCUUGAACAAAUUUUUAAAUAAACUUAAAUAUCAUUAUAG